AUGUAUUGGCCCAUCGGCACUCCGCGCGUCUAUGCCACAAGCAGCAGCCGAACGCCCGGCUUGAACCUGUUCGUCUCCAACGAUGGCCUCCCCCCGAGCCCGCUCAGGUCGGCCACGUCUUCUCCUCCUCCGGCGUCUGACGCCCCAUCGCGGUCCGCUGCCGCCCACGACGACAUCGAGAUACACCCCCCGCCGACACCCAUCACACCCGCCACGCCCGCCGUCCAAUCCGUCGAGCACGAUGACAAUCCCAUGAACAGCGCCUUGACGGGGACGGGCGUUUCUGGGGCGGACAUGGUGCCGCUCAAGGACCCCGUGCUCGCUCUUCGCGUUGCCCGAGCCGGCCACCUGUUUGCUGUAAUCACGGCCACGUCCAUCACCGUCUGGCAGACAAAGCCUGCCGUUGUCCUCGCCGUCGUCGUCCGGUCCGACUCCUCCCUCGCACUGUACGGCAGGAACGUCGACCUCCUCCUCCGACCCGAUGCCGCCAUCUUGGUUGUUAGAACCGACCAGGGCUACCUCAUCACCUACUCGAUCGCGACCGACGGCGAGUCGUGCGUGUACAAACCACAUUUCCCGAACCACCACCAUGUACAGCGCCGAAAACAGAGCCUCAUUGGCGGACAAAUCGGUCUGCGGCCAGACCAGUUCCUCUGGGGACCCGGGGAAGGAUCGGGUGUCCGCGAUGUCAGCGUCCGGUUUCGCAUGGUCAUCAAGGUCGACGCGGGCAUCGAAAGCGCCCUGGCGCUAGAUGACGAGCUCGUGGUCGCAACGAGGAAACCCGCCGCGGUCCAGUGCAUCCGAUGGACUCCCGACAGCACCGGAAGCCAGACCCGCACCGAAAUCAUGAGCCGGAUGGGGUGGGUCGAGAAGAAGGUGUCCAUCGUUGAGAUGACGCACGACCGGCCCAUGAACCUGGCGACGUGGAUCACCAACGACGGUCGGGCAUAUGCCGUACAGCGGCAGCAGGCGCGUUCAGAUGGCGACAACUCCGACGACACAGAAUCCAAGCGCCUCUUCAAAGGCCAUUGCUUCCAUGUACCGCAGAGCCCAGGCGGGCACGCGGUCAAGGCUGUCAUAAACGCGCGGUUCUCUUUGAUUGCUGUCGGCUGCGCUGACGGCACCAUACAAGUCUACUCGGUCAGAGACUAUGCGGGCAACAUUGCGCUCUCUCACGCCCAGCAAAUGCCCGUCUCGGUGUCCGCGACCGGCGCCUUCACAAGUCUGAGCUACUCCCCCGACGGAUACUGCCUCUUUGCCGGCUUUGAGAAGGGAUGGGCAGUCUGGAGCAUGUUCGGCAAGCUCGGAAGCCACAGCUUCGGCGUAGAUGAGUCCAUCGCAGACGGGAACGGCGAACAGUGGCUCAAGGGCGUCACAGGUGCGUCGUGGAUCGGCGGUGGCUCUGAGAUGCUGCUCGUUGGUCCGCCUCACGAGGCUGUCUGGAGCCUCGAAAUGGCCAAAAGCGCCGUCACCGGUUGCUACAACGAGGCCAACGUUUUCCGGACCGUCUUGCAGACUCCGACAGCAGUCAUGGUAUACCGAGGCUAUGACCUGCCCGACCUCACAAGCAUUUCUGCAGAGCCAUUCCUGUGGCACACCGCCAAGGUGCCGCCGACUUAUCUCUUGAAUCAGUGGCCCAUUCGCCAGACCGUCAUCUCUCCCGAUGGCCGUUACGUUGCAGUCGCCGGCCGCCGGGGACUUGCCCACUACAGCGUCAACAGCGGACGCUGGAAGACGUUCGUCAAUGAGGAGAUGGAGAACGAAUUCCAGGUGAGAGGGGGCAUGUGUUGGUACCAGCACAUUCUCGUCGCCGCUGUGGAGAGCAACAGGACGUACGAAAUUCGGCUCUACUCGCGCGAGACAGCGCUCGACUCUUCGCACGUGCUGUACACGCACCAGAUCCCCGCCCCUGUCGUCCUUGUGACCACCUCUGGCGACGAUUCCCUGCUCGUGUACACGUACGAGAAUCUGCUGUAUCAUUUCAUUUUCACACCUUGGGCAGACUCGGUGCGGCUGGUCCAGGUUGGACAGAUUGCUUUCCAUGGCAUAGUCCGAUCACCGGCCAGAGUACGCGGGCUGAGCUGGAUCCUGCCCGAGAGCCAGCUGGUGGACGGCGAUCCGUCUCAGGAUGUGGCCGUGGCAUCCGUCAUCUUCCUCGUCGACGGGAAGCUGGUGCUACUGACGCCUUCGCUCAACGACGAAGGCCAACUAAAAUACGACAUGCGCAUAAUCGCGCAGAAUGUAGAGUACCAUGCGAGUAUGAGAGAUCAACCACUACUGAACAUGUCAAGACCAUCGAAAGGCACGCCCCUCAGCCACCGGCCUGCGGCUUUGCGAGAUUCGCUGUGGGUAUUCGACGGCUUGGAGGUCAAGGCAUGGACCAGCAUGAAGGAGGUGCUCGAAGCUGCACCCAGCGACGGUGGCAAAGAUUUGCCGAUGCCGGUGUCUAUACCUGUGGACUUUUAUCCGCUGUCGAUUUUACUGGAAAAGGGCAUCAUCUUGGGCGUUGAGUCGGAUCUCGUGCAGCGGCGAGACGUGACGUUUUCCUUUUUCCACUUUGCAAUCAGGACACAUCUCGUGCUCCCCGAUAUCUUGCGAUACUAUCUGCGGCAGAACAGGACGGUCGACGCAGCAACGCUGUCGGAGCAGUACCAAGACCUCGAGUAUUUCUCUCACGGACUCGAGAUUCUUCUCCACCGCGUUCUGGAUGAGGAAUCGGAAACAUCGCCCAAGCCCGAGGACGCCGUCUUGCCACGAGUGUUGUCCCUGCUGUCAUCAUCUGGAGACUACCUUGAUGUCGUACUGCAGUGCACACGCAAGACCGAAGUCUCGCAAUGGAAGACGUUGUUCGCCUACCUACCGCCCCCGCAGGAGCUCUUUGAGGAGUCGCUGCAGCGUGGAUCCUUGAAGACGGCGGGCGGUUAUCUCAUCAUUCUACACACUCUCGAGGAGCUGGAGUCGUCGACGGAACAGUCAGUUCGUGUCUUGUCCCGGGCGAUUCAGGAGGGAGACUGGGAGCUGUGCAAGGAGCUCGCGCGUUUCUUGGCGGCAAUGGACGAGACGGGAGAGGUGCUCAAGGAGGCCAUGGACAUGGUGAAUGUGGUGCUGAGGCGAGACGAAGAGCAGAUAGUGAGCCGGUUAGAGAUUCCGCCGUCGCGGAUGAGGGCGAACGGUCGGAAUCGCCGUGGCAGCGGGGACGAUGACACCGAGUCGGACGUGCGCUCGGCAAGCGAUGCGUCGAGCAUCGCGUCGACGGUCAGCCCGCUGAACAGUUCUGGGUUGCUGUGA